ACCAACACUCUUGGCUUUCUCCAUUUCCCCUAAAAAUGGAGGUCUUUUCUACCAACAUUUCACCUUAGUAGAGCACAAUCCAAAAUUAUGAAAAAUUGCAAAUUACGCUGUAUUGUGGAAAACUGCUACGAAAGUGGGCAUCAGGACAGCAGAUCCAUGUUCAAAUUUCCCGCAAAUCCGCCUAUCAGACUCAAGUGGAUUGAAAACGUUGGCCUUUCAAAAGAUACAUAUUUGUACAAUCGGCGGAUUUGUCGACGUCAUUUUGAUCCCAACUCUUUCGGUAAAACCAAGUUGUUUUCGUGGGCAGUUCCAACGCUCUUCUUGGGUAAGAACGAGGGUCUGCACAUUAGCGUCCCUAAAAAGAAACCCUUCAUUCGGAAAUGCAGCAUUGUGAAUUGCCCCACCAGAUCACCUCCGGAUAGACUCCACUUAUUUCCCUCGGAGCCACAGAUGCACCAAAAGUGGCUGGGAUUGUGUAACCUUAAGGCAAACAGUAAAUGGCUAUUUAUUUGCGGGAGACACUUCCGACGCAGUGUGCUUCCCAAGGAAAACAGUAAAGUUCCCAAAAAUGCCAUACCGGAGCUCUAUUUAGGAUGGGAGGCUCAAGACCCUCUAGACAGCACUUUCAUAACCCCUAAGACCGAAAAACUUCGGCGAAAAAAGUACUCUCGAAGCGAGGCCGAAGAUGAAGGAAUCGAAGAAGAAAACUCAAAGGAGGGUUGUGAUGGUACAGCGCAUGAAUCAUGUUUGAAUUGCUUAAAUCUAAAAGAUCAAUUGGCUGCUGCUCUUUUUAAAAUUCAGAAACUUGAACAGAUGCAGGACCCUACCGACUCAGACGAGGAGGAGCACAUUUUUAUUUUGAUGAAAUGA